AUGCCCUCAGUGUUGCCUAUUACAGUUGCUAUGAAGGGACAACCACGCUGGGAGGCACUGGAUAAUGCACUGGUGUACUAUGCAGGAGCAGCUCUUAUGGCUAUAGGUUCUUUGUUUGUUAUCAGCAGUUUCCUGACCUUGGGUUUUAGUGGCACCUUUCUGGGGGACUACUUUGGCAUUCUGAUGGAUCAGAAGGUAACCGGGUUUCCUUUCAACGUGAUGGACAACCCCAUGUACUGGGGAAGCACUGCUAACUACCUGAGCUUGGCUUUAAUGAAUGCCAGUCCUGUAGGGGUGGUCCUGACUGCAGUGGUUGGUUUGUCGUACAGGAUAGCUAUUGCAUACGAGGGACCAUUCACAGAGGAGAUCUAUCGGCAGAGGAGCCAACGGUGCAAGCACAAAUAGAAGGAAGCGUGUUUGUCCAAGCAUGUCACAUGAGGUCUGCUGACACUGCUACAUCUUGGACUGUCAUGUGGAGAAGAGUGGAGGGAAAUAGGGGAUGCCCAUGAACUUUGAAUUGUAAACACUGGUGUAGCUUCUUGAAACUGAACUGUGACACCCUGAGCUGGGUGUCUUAUCUGAGCUUAAUGAUGACGGAAUACGGUAAAAGCACAGCUGAUAAUUGCACAUAAAAAUAAUUCACAGACAUUUUACCACAAAAAAAUGUUUUUUAAAUGGUAGGCAGAUUUAUAUGUCAGUCUAACAUCAUUUACUUUUUCCUCAUCUGUCCAUUAUCUGCUAAUUUUGUAACGAUACAGUUUUUUUCUUAAUUCAUUUCUAGUGUACAUCCAAGCUGAAAUCAGCCCUUUUAUGUUCCAUUUGUUGUAAUGUGAAGAGACUGAAUGAUACAUGCUUUGGUUUGUUUUUCUUGAGUAUGUACAGUAAGUAGUACCCUGUCCUUUGUUUGUUACCAAACGUAAAAUAAAUGGAUGCAUCCUAAUCUUCAGUUAUGUAAAUGUCUGUUUUUUCUUGUCAGCCCUCAUCAUGCAAGUACUGAAAAACAUCAGUAAUUAAUUUAAUGGCUCAUACAGAUUUUGCUUUAAUUUAGUGUACAUUUUUAAUGACUUAGAAGGGCAAUAAAAGGAACUUAAAAGUUUAAAAUUGACUGCAUAAAUGUUUUGUAUUCUAUUUUUAACUAAAAAAAAUAACAUGACAACAUAAACAAUAACAAUAUUUAUUUUUUAAUCAACGUUUUAUGCAAUUAUGAUUCUAAAGAUGGCCUAUGUUUCUACGGCUACUUCCUCAGACCAAUGUGAUUUCUAUGUAUAACCAUUUUUCAUUGAAACACUUGUUAAAAAAUCUAAUUACAUGAAGCAAUUUUUACGUCUUAAAGUUGAAGCCCAUCAUAAUUUACACAUCUUUCAUACUGGAGCACAAUAAAUAAAACACCACCAUAAAACAUGACUGAAUUAUUUUCUACUGCAUUAAUGUUUCUAUUACAUUUUACAUGAGGAGCUGUUUAAAAACAUCAAAUGUUUCAAAAAAUGUGAAUAGCACACAAUUCUGAUUAAGUGGUAGCAACAAGACAAUCCAGUGCUCUUUAUUAGUUCACUAUCCUGUGGCUGUUUUGAUAGAGAUCACUAGUCUACUUUAAUAA